UCAUGCUGCUGCCAGGUCCAGAGUCUCUCAUGGGUCCCUGUACGGCCUCCCAUUGCUGCUGUCUCCAUCGCCACACUCUGCCAUGUGCCACUUUCAGGUCUCCUCACACUGCUGGUGUGUUCCAUUUUUUGUCAUAGGGUGCUGGCAGAUUACGGGCCUCCCAUUGCUGCUGCCAGGCCCCUAAUCUGCCAUGGGCCCCUGUACCGCCUCCUCAUGCUGCUGCCAGGUCCAGAGUCUCUCAUGGGUCCCUGUACGGCCUCCCAUUGCUGCUGUCUCCAUCGCCACACUCUGCCAUGUGCCACUUUCAGGUCUCCUCACACUGCUGGUGUGUUCCAUUUUUUG